ACUCUACAAGUGUACUAUAAUUAGUACUGACUCUGGCUAAGCUGGACAUACCUUCGAAGCACUCGUCCGAGUAACUUCCGCCCCAGUAGUAGACAUCUCAUCCUACCACUAAACCACACCAAUAGUCCCAGCUUAGUAAGGGACUGUUAAAUCCGAGUUUGAGAGUGCACUAAUACUGCUUGUUAUACCGACACCUGUUCCUCCAGCAAUUGAGUUUUCUUAUUAAUAACACAUCUGCUCCUGAUCAGAAGAAUUGUAUUUUGAACAAUUGGUAUAAGCUCGUAUCAGUCUAAACCCAUCUCAAUUCCACUUUGAACUUUGUACUAUCGUGUUCCACUAGUCGAAAGAUAUUGCACCCAUUAGUCAGAAUUGAGUUCGCCAGCUUCCUGGAGCACAUGUACAUAAUUGUCCAGUACUUCUAUUAUAUCUAUUCAGUUUGUACUUGACUUCGACAGAAUGAAUCCUGUAUCUCCUCCUUCACCUACAGACGAAGCCGGUCACAGCACGCUAGGCAUUUCGGCCAGCGGCAACGUCGGCUACUCUUCGAGCCAUAUCAAGAAAAAGAGAGUAGGAAAAGCUUGCGACUCCUGUCGUAUCAAGAAGACGAAAUGUGAUGGUAAGAAGCCUUGCAACCGUUGCAUAAUUGAUAACAAGAUCUGUGUCUUCACAGAAAAGAAAAAGCCCAAGGAAAAGAACCAUCCUCAGGGCUAUGUAGAAUUGCUAGAAACUCGUUUGGAUAUCUUGACCAAGUCAUUGGAGAAGUUAAUCGAGUUGAGUAGACCCAGUUUGCCUUUCUUGGAAGAAAUACUCCAGGACGGAAAGAGAACCAGAAGAAUGAAAACAGAAUUCGAGUCUGACUCUAAUGAUGAAUUGCUGUCUGAUGAGGAUAGUCAAUCACCAGGCACUCAGACGAGGGUUAAAAAGGAAAAGGACUUUUCAAUUGACGAGCUUGACCACAAUUCAACGGUUGUACCUGAUGAGGACAGCAUUCCUAUAAAUAGAGUCGUAUCCUACCUUAUCAACAGCGAGGGCUUGCUUAAUAAUUUGCCUGUAGAAUGGGAAGCUGGUGCUAUGCUAGCAGCAAACUACGUUCCCAAGAACAUGGACAAGUACCUGAAGGUUUUUGCUGAACACAAGUUGAAUGUCACAGAAAAGAAUGAAAUUGAAAACCAUAACCAUAACCAUACAGAGUUCGGACCAAGUCCAAGUAGCUUGGCUGUUCAUCGGGAUCAACUUUUUCAACAUUCACAGUUUUCUAAUAAAAGACAAAAUAACCAAGUCGCUGUGAAGAGAGAAGACGACCAUCCGGUCUUGUACGAGGAUGGAGAGGACAUGGCAAUUACUUCUCCAACAGCUUCAGCAUUGCUGCAGACAAGUUUGACAGAGCAAUUGAACUUGAACGAGUUCUCCCUAGGAGGUUUUUCCUCUGGGGGACUAGUUGUAGCAGGAACUGGACAUUUUGAGAAUGCCAACAAUACCAAUAGUCUUUCUUCGUAUGCCUCUUCCAACAACGACUUCACCAUGAGCGACAUAGAUACGGAUUCCGUUUCAAGUUAUUCGCAGGGCCAGCUUCAUCAUGGUAAGAUGCCAUCGCAUCAAAUCUCCCAGAUUCAGAAUCAUCAACUCCAAUCACAGAAAUUCAUAAAGAGCGCCUCAAUUUCACCAGCAGAGAUUGAAAACUUCCCUAGGAGAGCCAACUCUAUUUUCUUGUCAAACUCGCAGGGUUGUGAAGGUCAACCACCUUCUUCCGUGACCAAGAGCGGUUCUAUUUCUUCAUUAACUUCGAAAUACGAAAACCACAACUUGGCCAUGCCUGUCAGUUCAGCUACUCCACCUCCUGAAACCUUGAGAAGGUCAAGUUCUUCAUUGAUCCAACGUCCAUGUUCUCCUUCUCACCAAAAAGCAAAAAACAGUGGUCAUGUUCAUAAAGCCCAAUUCCAUCCCCAUUCUCUGUCCAACAAGUCUAGUACUUCUGGAACUGUAGUCAGUAAUAAUGGAAAUGAAUUUCAUAUCAGUGGAAACUACAUUGGCAAGAGACUGAGCUACUCCAGUGUCUCUUCUACGAACUCUAAUGCUACUACACCAAGCAUAAUCGUUGCUCACACUACACCAACGCUCUUUGGAGGAAGCAGCACAGUCACAACAUCGUUGUCGCCUCAGAAUCAAGGCUUCCCAUUCUACGACAACCAGGAUAGCUCCAAAGACUUUGACAAUUUCGUCUUGACCUUUGAUGAGCUUCCAUCCACUGCAUUCAAGAUUAACCCUACAAUCCACGAGAGCCCAUAAGAGAAUCUACACUUUGAGUCUACAGAUACCAACGAAACUAACGAUCGCCAUUCAACAACCAGAAAUGUAGCAGAAACAGCCACCUCCAGACCAUGGACCUGGUUGGGAAUGGAAAAUUAAACAGCCUCACAGCCAGCAAUCGCAAUUCAUCUGCAAGCAAAUAAUUCGCGUACGGCAUCAGGUCUUGCUAAUUAAAACUAUCAUUGCCAUUAUUUUCGAACAUUCUCUGCUCGUCAGUUCGCGAGUGUUCAUUCACUUCUUGUAUUAAGCUUGAUUUUGCUUUGCCAUCUUCAUUAGAGUUAAUAAUUUUCACGCCUGAUUUUCUACGGAAGCAGUUCGAGGCCCUCUAAUGUUCAUUUUGAUGUGUGGUAUAUAAUUUAGAUCGAUUAUUUAUUAGUAAUUAAAAUAUCAGUUAC